AUGACGCAGCAGAAGCAGCAGCACCUCGAGCACGGCCAGCCGGUCGGCCCCCCGGCCCCCGCGCGGGACCGCGACGCGCCGGUCCCCUUCCCGCCGCACGAGGCGCUCGUCGGCAAGACGGUGUCGCUGGUGCCGCUCUCGGCGGGCGCGCACGCGGCGUCUCUGUACGCGCACCUCGGCGGCGAGGAGAACCUCUGGCGGUGGACGUACAUGAUGUCGGCGGGGUGGCGCGACGGGCGGGAGUGCGAGGAAGCGUGCGAGGCGUGGAGCAAGGGCACGGAUCCGCAGUUCUACGCCGUGGUCAAGCAGAGCAGCGGCGAGGCAGUGGGCAUGAUGUCGUACCUGAGCGUCGUGCCGGCGCAUCGGCGCAUCGAGAUUGGGUCUGUGAUCCUGGGCGACGCGGCGAAGGGGAGCAGGGUCGGGACGGAGGCGUACGCGCUGCUCGUGGAGAGUGCGUUUGCGCUCGGGUAUCUGCGCGUCGAGUGGAAGGCGAAUGCCUUUAAUGCGAGGAGCCUGAAAGCGGCGCGGCGGCUGGGGUUCACCUUUGAGGGCAUCUUCCGAAAACACAUGGUCGUCAAGGGCCGCGAGAGGGACACGGCCUACUUUAGCAUCACGGACGAGGAGUGGCCGGCCGUCAAGCACGGGUUCGACGCGUGGCUCGCCGACGACAACUUUGACGAGCAGGGCGUGCAGAAGAGGAAGUUGGAGGAGUGCAGGGGCGAGAGCAAGAACUAA